AUGCUCCCGCCGCGCGCCGCCGCCGUGCUGCUGCUGGCCCUGGCGGCCGGCGCGGCCCGGGGCGCCGACGACCUGGCCUCGGACACCGCGGCGCUGCAGGCCUUCCUCGCGCCGUUCGGGUCGGCGACCGUGUCGUGGAACUCGUCCCAGCCGGCCUGCUCCUGGACGGGCAUCGUCUGCACCGGGGGCCGCGUCACGGAGAUCCACCUGCCCGGGGAAGGCCUCCGGGGCGCUCUCCCCGUCGGCCCGCUCGGCGGGCUCACCAAGCUCGCCGUGCUGUCACUGCGGUACAACGCGCUCUCCGGCCCGCUGCCUCGGGACCUGGCCUCCUGCGUCGAGCUCCGGGUGAUCAACUUGCAGUCCAACCUCCUCUCCGGCGAGCUCCCCGCGGAGGUGCUGGCGCUGCCGGCGUUGACGCAGCUCAACCUCGCGGAGAACCGCUUCUCGGGGAGGAUAUCGCCGGCCAUUGCCAAGAACGGGCGGCUGCAGCUGCUCUUCCUGGACGGCAACCGCCUCACCGGUGAGCUGCCGAAUGUCAGCAUGCCGUCGCUCACCUCGUUCAACGUCUCCUUCAACAACCUCAGCGGCGAGAUACCCACGAGCUUCGGCGGCAUGCCGGCCACGUCUUUCCUCGGCAUGCCGUUGUGCGGCAAGCCCCUCCCACCGUGCCGAGCGCCGAGUUCGGAAGCGCCGUCCUCUCAGUCUCCCACGCUCCCGCCCGAAGCACCGGCCCCGACGACUGACAGCCGCGGACGAGGCAGGCAUCACCUCGCCGGCGGCGCCAUCGCUGGCAUUGUGAUUGGCUGCGCCUUUGGCUUCCUGCUCAUCGCGGCCGUCCUCGUCCUCGCGUGUGGCGCGCUGCGCCGGGAGCCGAGACCAACCUACCGCAACCAUGACGCCGUUGCGGCGGAGCUGGCCCUGCACAGCAAAGAGGCAAUGAGCCCCAACGGCUACACUCCACGCGUCUCAGACGCGCGACCGCCGCUGCCUUCAGUCCCACCAGCCGCAGCCGCGGGACGGAAGAAGCUUUUCUUCUUCGGUAGGAUUCCUCGGCCCUACGACCUCGAGGACCUGCUGCGCGCGUCCGCCGAGGUUCUUGGCAAGGGCACGUACGGCACCACGUACAAGGCCGCGAUCGAGUCUGGGCCGGUCAUGGCGGUGAAGCGCCUCAAGGAGACCUCGUUGCCGGAGCGCGAGUUCCGGGACAAGGUCGCGGCCAUCGGCGGGAUCGACCAUCCCAACGUCGUGCCCCUGCAGGCCUAUUACUUCAGCAAGGACGAGAAGCUCAUGGUGUACGAGUUCGUGGCCAUGGGCAGCCUUUCCUCCAUGCUUCACGGCAACCGCGGCUCCGGCCGGUCGCCGCUGAGCUGGGAGUCGAGGAGGCGCAUCGCGCUGGCCUCGGGGCGCGGCCUCGAGUACAUCCACGCGACGGGCUCCAUGGCCACGCACGGCAACAUCAAGUCCUCCAACAUCCUCCUCAGCCGCACCGUGGACGUGCGCGUGGCCGAACAUGGGCUCGCGCACCUCGUCGGCCCCGCGGGUGCGUUGACGGCGUACCGCGCGCCCGAAGUUGUGGCGGACCCGCGCCGGGUGUCGCAGAAGGCCGACGUGUACAGCUUCGGCAUGUUGCUCCUGGAGCUGCUGACGGAGAAGGCGCCGACGCACGCGGUGCUGCACGACGAAGGCGUGGACCUCCCGCGGUGGGCGCGCUCCGUGGUGAAGAAGGAGUGGACGUCCGAGGUGUUCGACAUGGAGCUGCUCAGGCACCCGGUACCCGAGGAGGAGAUGGUGGAGAUGCUGCGACUGGCCAUGGACUGCACUGAGCCCGCCCCGGACCAGCGGCCGGCGAUGCCCGAGAUCGUGGCGCGCAUCGAGGCGCUCGGCGGCAUGGCGUCGGCGUCGACGGCGGCGCGGUCCGGCCGGAGCGCGUCCAUGGACGAGGCGGACGACCGGCCGCUGAGGACCACCGGAUCGAUCCGCCAGAGCUGA